GGGGAGAUGGACAAAGCGUCUCGACAGAUUAAACCAGAUUUGCCCCAGCAUCCCGCUGGGCGUUUGUUCCGCGCAGUUCUCAGCCUCAUGUGGCCCUGAGAGGUUUCUUUCAAGUUAUUUUUUUCCUGUUGAAAAAGAAAAAAAAAGCCAGUAGAAAUCAUGUCCUUGUUUGUCUCUUAAAUUGCUCCAAACAACAUGUCUCCCUGAUUAGUCUCCACUCACUAGAGCCCACUUGUGCAUCUGAAUGGCUGCUUCACUGCAUUUUGUUUAGAGCUGUCCAUGCUCGCUGUUCCUCACCCCAGGACAACUCUUUACUCAGACACGUCGAUCGUUUACACAUUAAUCAAGCGUUUUACAAGGCUAAGAAGACAUGAGGAGAUAACUUACCAUACGAUAUUAGCACUUUUUUUAAAGAUAGACAGCCGACAGAAUGGGAAAAAACGACCUACAUUUAGAGGAUUUAUUUGUUACUCGUUCUUAAUCCUGAAUUUAAUUAAAAAGAUGAUACUGUAAUUCUUGUUCCAGUUCCAGUGAUCACCGGUACCCAUGUUGAAAGGAUUCAUAUAUCAUUAAUUUGUUCCCCGGCAGCCAUUAGUGAAAUUAAAUGUUAAAAUAAAUACAUGAACUGCAAAUGUAAUACAUCAGUACCUCAGAACUGGAAACAAGUACUUUAAUCAAAUCAAAGCUGGACCUGUAAGACUAAUCUUGUGCGUCCAACCUCAACAACAUAAGCAUAAUAUUCAAAUCCUAUAUCUAUCUAUCUAUCUAUCUAUCUAUCUAUCUAUCUAUCUAUCUAUCUAUCUAUCUAUCUAUCUAUCUAUCUAUCUAUCUAUCUAUCUAUUAUCAAUCCAUCCAUCUACUUUCCAAUAUCCAUCUAUCUAUAGAUCUACCUACUAUCCAGCCAUUCAUCUAUAUACUAUCUAUCCAUCUUGUCUCUCUCCCUCCCUCCCUAUAUUUCCUUUAUAACAUUCAGAUGGGGGCUUUUGUGUGAGCAUGAAAACCAAUCCGAAAGUGUGUCAACCCUUCCUUAUUAACACGUCUCAAUCCUGUCAGACCGGCCUUCAGGUCUAGCCUAUUUCCCAAAGUAGAGGCUAAACAGAGCUCACGGUUGAAAGGUUGAGACACGUGGAGUUUGUGUCUUUCCCUUCCUUGUGAGGGAAGCUUUAUGAAGAGAUGAUAGGAGGAGGAAAAGUUGAUGAAGUCCCACUCCUCUGUCUGCUUCCAAUGGGCUUCCGAGGGAGGCAGUGUGGUGGAGCUCCAGGUCUGAGUCUCUGUUUGCGUAAUCCCUUGUAAUUCUCUCUGUGGGUACCGUCUUCAUUGUUCGACUUGUCUUUGAUGAAUGAGAUAGGGGGCUGCUGUCUGCGUACCCAUGGCACACACAGGCCAUAAGACGGGAGUACACUCGGAUUCACGGGAGGGGAAAUUAACAUUAUUUACAUGGAUACAAGCUGUUGAUCAUGUUUGAUUAAUUGGACAUUUGUUUUAGUCUGCAUGACCAUCUGUGAUUUUGUAUGCGUGCAUGAGUGUGUUUUUUUUUUUGAGAGAGAGAAAGCGAGUUUGAUCUUUAUUUGUAUGAGUCAUACGCAUAGAUUAAUGGUAAAGCGAUUUAUUUCCAGAUGAACCGUAAUUAGAAGUGUAUGGAAAGUGAGGCUGAGCAGAGCAAGCUUUCACCGGCUGCAGAUGGGGAGCGCGUGUGCUGCGUGUUGGAGGAGGGGCCAAAGUUUCCACACUUGGAGGCGGUGAACCUCAGUCAUGUGUAGUAAAAAAGGAUGGCAGUAUUCGAAUGGGGACGUGACGGACAUCUCGGAUUGUAACGUUAUACUGUGUGAUACGUUUAGCGAGGAUACCAGUUACUCUUCUCUUCAUCCUAAACGAAUUUGAGUCAUGCUGGACUGAGGUGAAUGUGAACGGAAAAUCUGUUUCCAGUGAACGAUCCUGACUGACGGCCGUAAUUGCUGCAUGGGAGCCGGUCUGGCUUGGAUAUCUCCGAGGGCUACAAGUGAAAAAAGAAGCCCAUCUUUAAAUCCAUAAAAGGACACUCGUCCCUAUUUCAAGAGUCAAUGAACAGUGUCUAAGCACCGGCGUUGGGAGGACAAGAACCGGCCGAGUACCCCCUCUGCUCUCCGCCCCACCCCUCAACCCAAGCCUUCAAGUUAAGCAAGUAACAAGCAGAAGAAUAAGAAGAGGAAAACGUUCCUUGAUUUUGGGAAAGGACGAGUGGUAGAAGCCAGGGAAGCCCAGUUUUCUGCAUGUCUGUGUGUUAAGGUCACAUGACCAUGUGGAGACUGGGGCGGACUGUGUGCUGCCUUGGAGCUGCUACACUGCUAUUCGCUAGCCUCCUGCAGACCGCCAUGUCCACGCAGGACGACGCCACGCCCAGAAUCAGUUUCCUCUACAAUGCGAAGGAGAGAUCUGCCAAGAGAUUCUCUGUGGACGGUGUCUCGAACUACACCUCUCUGCUGCUCAGCAAGGAGGACGACAUGCUCUAUGUCGGAGCCAGGGAAGCUCUGUUUGCCCUCAGCCUCUCAGAUAUCAGCAAGAACAAGCUGCAGAAAAACAUGACAUGGGGCACUCCUGUCGGAAAAAGGGAGGAAUGCAGCUUUAAGGGCAAGAACCUGGAGACCGAUUGCUUCAAUUACAUCAAGAUUCUGCUGCGACUGAACAGCACACACCUCUAUGUGUGUGGAACCUACGCCUUCAGUCCCAUCUGUGCCUACAUAAACACAUCUACGUUCUCCCUGGAGAGAGACGACUCUGGCGAGGUUCUGAUGGAGGACGGACGCAGCCGCUGCCCCUUCAACCCAGAAUACAAAUCCACCGCCAUCAUAGUGGAUGGAGAACUUUAUGCAGGUACCGUGAGCAACUUCCAGGGAAACGAACCCGUCAUCUACAAGAGCCUGGGGCACGGCACAGCCUUGAAGACGGAGAACUCCCUAAACUGGCUGCAAGAUCCGGUGUUCGUGGGCUCGGCGUACAUCGAAGAGAGUCAGCCCACGGGCAACCCAGUGGGUGACGACGACAAGAUUUACUUCUUCUUCAGCGAGGCGGGGAAGGAAUUUGACUUCUUCGACAACACCAUUGUGUCGCGGAUUGCUCGCGUGUGUAAGGGGGACAAGGGAGGCGAGCGGGUGCUCCAGAAGAAGUGGACCACCUUCCUCAAAGCCCAGCUCCUGUGCUCCCUGCCCGACGACGGCUUCCCCUUCAACAUCAUCCAGGACAUGUUCGUCCUGAAGCCAAUGGGGGACGGCUGGGAGAACACCGUCUUCUACGGGGUCUUCACCUCCCAGUGGUAUAAAGGGGCAUCGGGGAGUUCUGCAGUCUGUGCGUUCACCAUGGCCCAGGUGGAGCGGGCGUUCAGCGGUCGCUACCGCGAGGUCAACCGGGAGAGCCAGCAGUGGUACACCUACAACCACCCCCUCCCAGAGCCGCGUCCCGGGGCGUGCGUGACCAGCCGCGCCAGGCAGGCCGGGAUCCAGUCGUCCCUGCACAUGCCCGACAAGGUGCUCAACUUCGUCAAGGACCACUUCCUCAUGGACAGCGUGAUCCGCAGCCCGCCACUGCUGCUCAAGCGCAACGUGCGCUACACACAGAUCGCUGUGCACAAGAUCCAGGGCAUGGAGCGGGCCUAUGACGUCCUCUUCAUUGGAACAGACGAUGGCAAGCUUCACAAGGCGAUCAACACCAACGACCGGAUGCACAUCAUCGAGGAGAUGACCCUGUUCGCCACGCCACAGCCAGUCCAGCACAUAGAGCUGGACCCCCAGAGGGGAUUGUUGUUUGUGUCGUCGUACUCCGGGUUGGUGGAGGUCCCGGUGGCUAACUGCACCAACUACGCCAGCUGUGGGGAAUGUGUCCUCUCCAGGGACCCCUACUGUGCCUGGACUGGCCGGCUGUGUCGCGACGUCAGGAUGGCGCCGCCCGACAGCCACUGGCAGCAGGACGUGGAGGAGGCGGACACCUCGGCCAUCUGCAACAAGACUUCUCACACGCCCCGGUCCCCCUUUAAAGCACCAGCCUCCCGGGUCUCCGCCUGCCAGUUGAUGACCAUCCCCAUGAACACGUUCAGAGUGCUGCCCUGCGUCCUGCGCUCCAACCUGGCGACCCGCCGGUGGCACUACAGCGCCAGCGCCAAAGAGUUCCUCUACGCCACGCCGGAGGGCCACCUGGUGGUGGUGGCGCAGCCCGACCGGACGGAGACCUACGAGUGCUGGUCCGAGGAGGAGGGCUUCCGGCAGCUGCUGGCCAAUUACUGCGUGAGGGCGGAGCCCCGGCAGGAGAGCACCACGCUGGUCGGUCACUCGCGCACGCCGCACGUGGAGCGGGAGGAGAGUAUCCUCAUUCUGCCAGGCGAGUCGCGCUCCACACAGUUCCACGCCAAGACCUACUGGAACGAGCUGAUCGUGGUGUGCGCCCUGCUGGCCUUCUCCCUCCUGGUCUUCUCCUUGUUUGUGGCGUACCGGAACCGCGACCGCAUGAAGUCCAUGCUGAAGCAGGGCGAGUGCCCCAACAUGCAGCAGAAGAAGCCCCGCAUCGUGGGCAAGCCCACGGAGAGCCUGCCGCUGAACGGCAGCGCUAUCCCCGUGUCCACCUCGGACCACAAGGGCUACCAGACGCUCAACGACAACUACAUCUGCAGCACGCCCACCCACGAGUCCUCCCCCGACAACAGCAAGAGCUUCUCGGAGGCCUCGGACCGGAGGCCCCUCAACGUGAAGGAGAGCCACGUGGAGUACUCUCCCACCUGCCCGCGACCCAGAGUACGGCUGGGCUCAGAGAUCAAGGACUCCAUUGUGUGAGGGUGAGCUCGGAGGGGAACAGGAGCUGUGUGCCGUGUCUCUGUCAGGGUGCAGGCAGCAGCCAGUGGGCGUGCAGAGGAAGCCCCUCCAGAGCCACAAUGCAUCUCAUUCUUAUUUGCGUGUGUCAUCGUUGUUUCUUGAUCACCACAGAGGUCAUCUGCCCGCAUCGUAUCCGCGCCCAAGUUGGCAGUUCGGUCCUGCAUCUUGGGAGCAGUGGGGACUGUUGCACAAACAGGUCACAAACUGUUGUGAUCUUGUUUUUACCAGGAUGAAUCAUCCAUCGAAAAAGAACACGUGCAUAUAUACAAAAAAAUAUCCUAGACAUCCUGACCAGGGGCCGAUCUACACGGGCCAGAAUGUCCAUGCAAAUGUUUCCCAGGAGUCGAGAUCUGGGAGAAGGUCGUUCACUUACACACAAUGACGACGCAACGAUGACAACUGAUGAUCUGUAGAAUAUCGGUUUCCCUUGUUCACUGAAGAGCUGUCGGAUGCCACGAGGACAGACUUCUUUAUCCUGUAUGGAUUUCAAAUCAAAAGAAUGACCAAUCGGAAGAAAGACUAGAAUUGCCACCAAAACGGUUAAGAAGUCCAAAUCUGCAAUAGGUACAAUAAGUAACUUGAUUAGUAAUUUAACAAGAGAUUGGACAAAGAGGCUCUGGUCUUCAGCUAAGUAUUCAUCUAGCCAAGUAUUGAUCAAAGAAGGCAAUACGACUUUUGAUAUGCAAGUUAGGUUUGACCGGAACCCACUCCUUUCGGCGCAAUCGGAAAUGCAUAGAUUUGUUCUAAUGGCGGAGACUAGUGAUGCGCAAAUAACAGAUGGGGAGAGAAUUCAACCGUCCCGAGUCAAGCCAAGAAGAGAGAGCGUUGCUCACUAGUCACCAAAAUAAUCUUGCACAAUGUGCCAAAAAUCUUGAUUGUGUAAUCCAAAUGCAAUAGUGCCAUUAUCACAAGCCCUCUCCAUCGUAUGCCUUAUGUUAGCACUGAUCACAGUCACGAGAAACGCAUGUUGCUGGAGCAAACGUUGGUGCCCAAGAAACAUCUAAAAACGUUAAUAACAUCAACUCAACAGGGAUGACUCUCGUACCCAUUGCUAGUGUAGGAACUAGACGUCUGGAGGACUUAUUCUCUACUUUCCUUCUUUGCCCAUGUGAUACUGGGGGAAGAGCUUCAGCUAUUUUGUGAUCUAGUGAAUUCACAAGUUAGUUAGUUGGUUAGCUAUUUAGGGGGGUAUAGCGUGCUACUCCAAGACCCAAUGGACAUGAUAUCAAAAAUGAAGAUUUCCCCUUUAUACAAAAUGAUUUUCUCGAAGUUUUGACAUUGGUCUUUUAUUUCUUUCUUUUUUAUUUUUUUCUUUCUUACAAACUCUUGGCAACAUAAACUGCAAUGUGGAGGCCUAGACCUGUUUGGUCAUACCCCAGCCCAGAGCAGUUAACGCCUCAUUUGUGGUAGACACAUAUUCUGCUGCCGCUAGGGCGUUGAUUGGCCAUGGUACAAGUGGAAGCACAAGGUUACUGGGGGGUGUCAAAAACAUUCAGGUUGUUUGCACAUUUCAAUAAAUAUGAAAACAAGAAAGAUCAGCAAAGCAGGUAAGUAUUCUACAAGAACUGACUACUGAUAGAAGAAAAAUAGUGUUUGACUGAUGCCGAGAAUGAGGUUGAAUUUUUUUUUUUAAAUAAAAUAUAUAAUAUGACAGGGACCAUUGCCAACUUUUAAAACAAAUUCCAAUCCAUAGAGCAGACUUGGUGUUUAGAUUUUUUUUUUCCAAAGAUGUAGGAGAUUGUAUUUAAAGUGUUAUGUAAUUCUAAAGUUGACAGGUUUCAGAUGUCAAUGCAAAUGGCUUGUCUGCGUUCAUGUUGUGGAAUGUAUCACCCAUUCACUGUAUUAGUCCAGUAAGCCCACCGUAUGUACUCCAAACAUCAUAAACAAUCAAUGUGUGUUUGAUCACACCCUUGAAAAUAUGACAGCAAGCUACGUCUGCUCAAUGUUUGACAAAGUAAUUGCACAACAAGCAUACUGCGGCGUCAGUCAGUGUUUCGUUUUGGAUUUGCUUUCCUUCAUUUGUUUUGUUUGUGUAUAUAACUGUAGGUAAUAUUGUGUGCGUUUUUAAGGGACCUUGUGCAAGAUGUAUUAUAGAGGUAGUUUUACAAUCUAGAAACGUGCACACUGCUGAUUUAUUUUAUAGUGCCUCAUUGCCUAACCCCAACAUUAAUUCCCCCACUUUUCAACAUUUUACUUCAAGCUUGUCAAAUUGGCAGUGAGAUAUAUGAUAUCAAACAUUGGAUUUGGCCCAAUAACCCUUGUUAGACCUUCUGCCCACCAAGCGAGCACUAGGGGCAAACAAUGAUAGUAGUGGAAGUCAUCUUGUUCAUUUUUUUAAAUAACAAAAAAUAUACAGGUUCACAUUUGAUCAGGCUAUAGUGGUUGAAUCCGUUUUUUCUUCAAAUAGACACAUAAUUAGAAAAAUUGACCAUUUGUCCAAUUAAUGGCAAAUAUAUAAACAAACAUAUGUAAGAACGCAAAACUAAAACCAAAUUGUACUUCAGAUCUCAGAUAAAUUGUUUUGCUUUGAAAAUCCUAAAUGAUCAAUUAACUCCUUCACCACUACAUUAGAACUUUGGGCUAGAUAUGUGUAUUUUCAGAACCAUAAGGUCUACACACAUACAAACAGACCACUCUCUUAUGUCCCCCACAGUUGACAACAUAAUUCAAACCUGUACCUCAAAUGAAGAAUGUCUUGUAUUUAAAAGAUUCAAGAUUCAAUAUAUUGCUGACGAAUCUGGCCUUGUAUUUUUAUUUUGUGAUACAAUAUAGCUAUUGUCUUCUUUUUUUUUUUACAGAUGUGCAUAUUUAUUUGCGACACAUGCUUUUCUUCAUAGAAGCAGAGAGUAAUGAUAUACUAUAACAGAUCAAAUAUUUCCAGUAUAAGGUUAUGUUUUUGAGUGGCUGCAAGGUAAUACACUUUACUCUACUCUACGUGAAUGUAUCCAGCUCGAAUAUAUGACACAUUUCAACAGUCAAGUCAGCCUUCAAAGAUAUAACUCCCUACCCUACACACACAAAGACUUAUAGGCAUUACUUGGCUUCAUGUUUCGUCCGAGAUUUUGUAAAGGUCUCGAUGCACGACACAAUAGAGAUAAUCAACUCAUUCUGUUUGUGCUUGUUAAUUUAUUUUCAUCCCAAACAUGGCCCCCAGGGCUGUGCAUCCACACUGCACGACGCCAGCUCAGUUUAUUUCUCAGCAUAGUUACCCUACUGAACCCCAUGAGCUUAGUUGACUGAACUAUUAGAAUAAUGUGGUUGUGUAAGUCUGCAUGAAAAAUUGUGUGCGCGUAUGUGUGCGUGUGUGUGUGUGUGUGUGUGUAUGCGUGUUUUUUUCUUUUUUAUCCAAUCAGUUGUGUACAAAAACAUGUUGUAAGCUGUAUUUUUUGUAUCAUACAUUGAUAUUGUGACUGUUGUUUUUAUUAUAAUGUACAUAAAAGGCACUUUAUUUUAAUUUUUUUUAAUAAAUGAAUAAAAUUAUAAAAAAAG